GUCCAGCGAAAUUCUUGGGAAGAUCAAGUGCUGUUUACUUUCGCCACGCAAUGGCAAACGGAGCAGUGAAAUUCGGCAAUUUCAUCAAUUACUACCAGUUUAACACACCUGAGGAGAGACUUGCUGUCUUUCCAACACACCUGUGGAACAACUGGAGAAGCCCAGAUGAUAAACUACUCGUCCUGGACGUAGGAUGCAACGCGGGAAAUUUCACGCAACUCUUCUAUAAAUUCCUCACUGAACAUUCCGGAAGGGAAGUCUUCAUCCUGGGCAUUGACAUUGAUCCCAUUUUGAUUGAACGCUCUCAGGAGUCAAAUGCAUAUCCCAGUAAUAUUCGUUACUCCACUCUCGACUUCAUGAAGGACAGCAACGAGUGCAUCAAGGAGUUUCUGUCCUUCCACGUGCGUGAGAAAUUUGACGUCACCCUGUGUCUCUCCAUAACGAUGUGGAUUCAUCUCAACCACGGAGACGAUGGCCUCUGGACGUUCCUCAGACGAGUAUCCAGCCUCUCGGAAGUCCUGGUUGUUGAGCCGCAACCAUGGAAGUGCUAUCAGACUGCCACACGACGAAUGACAAGGGCAAACGAGGAGGAAUUUCCACUCUAUCGACUGCUCAAAAAUCGCACAGGAGUGGACAUUACCAUAAGCAAGUUCCUUGUGAGUGACUGUGGCAAGAUUCUGAUCUAUGAGUCGCCAGAGACAAAGUGGAAGAGGAGAGUGUACGUAUAUAGGGAACAAUAAAGCGUCUACACUAGACAAAAAGACAUUUUAGAAGAGA